AUGCACGGCCAGGAACAAGGGCAGCUCGAUGCAAGCACGCCUGGUGCUGAUGCGCUCGUUGCUGGACUCCGGCUCGCUGCAGCUAUGCUCGUUGGAGACAGGGGAGGCCGACCACCCUUCUUGGCCGCCGCCUUCUUGGCCGCCGGACCAACAGGGACGCCCUUUGGCUUUGGCUUAGCAGCAGCGACCGGUGCAGUGGCUUGUGCAGGAGGUGGCAGGACGAGCGGGGCAGGCGUCAGGGUAGGCGGUGCACAUGCGCCGUUCUUCGUCGCCUCCUCUGGAUCCGGCGGUCGCAGGACGGCGUCCCUUCGGGGACGGCGCGGGGUCAGAACUCAGAAGGCAAACGGGAUCAAGAAGAACAACUGCAACUGCAACAAUAGAUGUCGAGAGUUCUCCACCAUGGCUACCGGAGAUGGCGACGGCGACGGCGCUGUGCUCGUUGGGGGCGCUGGUGGGGACUGGGCAGUGGAGACCGGAGAUGGCGUGGUGGGGAUUGGGGAGAGAACGGCAGAGGAGAGAGGAGCGGCAGAGGGCAGAGCCACGGAGGGGCGGCGAGCGGACGGCGCGCGUGGGGUCGCACGAGCCCGCGACGCCGCGAUUCAGCCGCUGGUCGUCUGA